AAGAACAUCUGCGACUCAUUAUGAAUAAUCAUGUGGCAGAGCGCACUGCAUGGGGGAGCUGGACAUCAGCAGUGUGUGUGAGGGCAUCAGCAGCAGCGGCAGGUCCUGUGGAGAGCUCAGUCCUCUAGUGACAGCAACUUCCCAUGGCAGCAGACUCGUCUUUUAUCUGGCUCCGGCCAGCCACUGAAGUGGAGGAAGUAAUGGACUGUGCUAACAAGAAAGGAUUUAUUGUCACCGUAUAUGGCCUAACGCUUCGCACCAUUGCGCCUCUCACUGAAAGCCAGAUCAAGGAAACGCUUCAUCACCUUUUCAGAAAAGUUCCCUGCCUGAGGACGUGCUUCAGGAGGCGCGGGAACACCCUGUGGGCUUGUGACAUGAACCGCGAGCAGCUUGAUUUCCAGGUUACGGACAAGCAGGAGUUAGAGGAAGCUGUCGAAGCGUUGUUUCAUUACCACUUUCUCACCACCGAGGGUCCCUUGUGGUGUGCGCGCCUCCUUCCUGCCGAAGUUCCUGGCCGCUGUUCUCGCCCUGAUCUGCCGGCUGCCUUCCCUUACAGCCGCACACUGCUGCUGGCCAACCAUCACGGCAUCGCUGACGGCACAACAAACAUGUUUGUGACUGACGCAUUUCUCCGCGUGUUGGACGACGUGCUCGCCGGCAAACCCAUCGACGACACAGCUCAGCUCGGUAAGUUGACUGCCGGGGAAGAGACCAAGACAAAAAUGCAGGAACUGACGAAGGACCAGGAUCACCUCAAGCAGGUACAAAGGGAAUUAGAAGAGAUGCACCACUCAGAGAAACUCAUCCAACGCGUCUAUCCGAUGCCCCGAGAACCUGAAGUUAAGUUCCAGGUAGUUUUGCAGGAUUUGGACGAGGAAAGAAGCCAGGCCUUCAUCAGUAAGUGCAGGAAAGAGGGAGUGACGGUGAACAGUGGGCUUUCAGCUGUGUUCAGCGUGAGCUUCGUCGACUUCGUGCAGGAAGGUGGGCUGCAGGAGGACUUUUACACUAUCAGAGAUCGGUUUCCAGUCAACAUGAGACAGUACUGGCAAGGUGACACCUCCGAGACCUUAGGUGUUCACAUCAUGAUAAUAGAGAGUACCAUCUCCACGCCAACCACGUGGCGGGACAACUUCUGGGGCUAUUCCAGAGGCAUACAUAAAAACAUUAGGCGCGCUAUCGAAGAAAACGAUGCAUUGUUGCACACUAUGGCAACUAUGUCAGACCUCAAUAUGGAAAAUAUCUUUGAAGAGUCGCCGACGCCAGUGUGUGACUACGGGAUAAGCAACAUGGGAAACUCUGACGGCCUCAUACCGACGGAGGGUCAGCACGUACGGCUGGCACAUCUGUUGACGGCCACCUCGUGCUGGAACAGUCCCCUGUACCAUAUGCUGCACACCUUACGUGGCUGUCUCAUGUACAGCUUCGUGUACGCCAAUGACUUCCUCACGCGGGGAAAGGCUCAACAAUUGGUGGACAAGGUCUUUGAAAACCUCAUGUCCGUAACGAAGAUGUGAACAUUAACACUUCAGUGACACUCAGCUCUCUGCCACACUGAAGACCCUACCAAGAUCUGCUCUUUUUCAAGUCAAAAGAGAAAACUUCAUAUACUGCGUUUACCAAAUGUGCAGAAUAUCAUCAUGCUUACGAACAGUCUCUCCGCACUCACGCACGCAGGCACGCAGGCACGCAGGCAAGCACACACACACACACACAUGUUGGUUGCGGGGUGUAUAAUGGAGGGCGUGUAUGCCUAAGUAAGGGGCAGACAUACACGCAGUACACGUAGAUUCUUUACUUGUCCUUAGAGCUACAAAGGGUAGGAAAUGGCGGCCAGUAGCGACUCGGGAGCACGGGCUCACGCGCUAGCUGAAUGCGCAGAGAAAUACACAGUGUUGCCACAUACACGUAAUAUGCAUUAAUAAAAAUACAUAACCCACAACACACACACACGGUAGCUCAGUGGUUAGAGCGCUGGCUUCACAAGCCAGAGGGUUCGAUUCCCCGGCCGGG